AUGAACUCUGUUCUCUCAAACACUACUUUCUACAGCCACCAUCAAGCCUCAUCUGCCUCUACAGAUGUUCUCAUGCAUCAAAAUGUUACCUUUUCACAAAUGAGACCGAGAUAUGUCGAUAAAUGUGUUGCUCAGAAUCCUAGGCAAACUGUGCUUGUUGAUAUCUUGGGUGAUAUGGUCGAGCUACCUGUCUAUGCUCUUCGACGUAGAAAUGCCAUGGUUCAUUUCUAA